AGGACGACACUUCAGGCGAGCGUUUACGCCUGACAGCUGUCGACGACUACCCAGGCACAGCGAGCGACGAGUCUGAGCGGCAGCGUAAACGCUUUGCGCCAAGGGAAGCUCCGGCCUUGUGCGUUGGGUGUGAGUGAGUGAAUGAGUGCGUGCGUGCGUGCGUGAGUGAUUGAGCCUAAGGAACGGAAGGAGAGAGAGGAAUUCCUCGAGCGAUCACGAGGGGAGCGGAGCUAGAGAGUGGUGUUCGGACCGGUGUUGUCAUUGUCGAUUGCGUAUCCCCAACGUGGCCAAGACGGCAGCCGUGGCUAGCUCGAAGUCGAAGAAGAGGCUGUGGAGAAUGGGUUGCACCCUGAGCAAAGCGGUCACCUCGCUAGUCCACAAAGGUAGCGAGAGAUCAGCGGGCGUUGGCCGCGUGGGGGACGUCGAAGACCCUCCGCCACCUCCUCCACCAGACCCGCGCUCUCCUCUCACAACACGUCAAAUCUUCUCCAUCUCAAAAUCAUGGAAAGCCAUCGCCCGUGCCAUGGAGCCGACGGGAGUCGAGAUGUUCGUACGCCUCUUCAAACAAAACGAGGAGCUACUCGACUUAUUCACCAGUUUUCAGGCUCUGAAGACAGAGGAAUCGCAACGUGAAUCCAUGGAGUUGGGACAACAUGCAUCCCUUGUCAUGACAACGUUAGACGAGGGAAUCAACUCUUUGGACAACCUUGACUACUUUCUUGAAUAUCUGCACAACGCCGGAGGAAUGCAUUAUAAGAUCAAGGGCUUCAAAAAAGAAUACUUUUGGCUGAUAGAGAAGCCAUUCCUGGAAGCAGUAAAGCUGACGCUCGGAGACCGUUACACGGAUAAUAUAGAGAACAUCUACAACACGACGAUCCACUUCAUUCUGGAAACUCUUGUCGAAGGCUUCGCGUUAGCCGAAACCAAAGCGAAAUGCAGCGAGUAG